AGAUCUGAGGGGUUCCCUCAAAUAUCACAUUGUCAGGGAGCAGGAGAGUCAGACAUAUAAACAGAUUACUAGUUUACUAGCUGUGUGACGUUGGGCAAGUUGCCUAACCUCUCCAUGCCUCAGUUUCUCCAACUGUAAAAUGGGAAUAGUAGUAGUACCUAUGUCAUAGGGUUAUUGUGAGGAUUAAAAAUGAUAACACGUGUAAAAUGCUUAGCAUAGUGCUUGGCACAUAGGAAAUGUUAGCUAUUGCUAUAUUAUACAGUGAGAGAAGUGAUGAGAUAGAGAAGAUACCCAGGGUGCUCCCUAACAGGGAGGAGUGGAGCCCCCAAAUGGAGAUAAUGGGGAAAGGAUUCCACGCCGGUGGAGCCACUCUGUCAAUAGGGACCCUGCAGCCAGACCAGCCUGGGAGAGCCCACCUCGAAUGGAGCUGGACUCCUUCUGGCUGGGGCUCAUCUGGGCUCCUGCAGGCCCAGAAUACAGAACACCAGCAGGCCCUGACCAACCAGGACGUGUCUUCCUGGAGAGGAAGCCGUAAUUUGCUCACUGCACAACCUCAGACAGGCAACUUUGUCCCUCUGAGCCUCAGUUCCUACCCAAGUGAUGGGAAAGGAGAUCACAGGACCCGAGGGACAGUGCCAAGUUCCACAUCUGAGACACUGUGGAGAGUUAGCUGUAAGGUCAGCCAGUUCAGGGGCAGCAGGGACCUGGAGCUAGGGAUGCAAAGAGGAAGCAACAGGAGGCAAAGAGAUCUUGGGGAGGACACUGGAAUUUCCCCAGGAUGUGGAGUGGAGGUUGAGCCAGUCCUAGACCUCAAGGGGCAGGGGCAGGGAGAUGCCAGCUAACCCUUAGGUACAAGUAAUUAGGGUUAUGUCAUUGAUUCUGUGUGUCUGUUUCCUCUCUGUCACAUGGGAGGGGAAGAAGGCAAUCAACAGUGUUGAGCACCUACCGUGAGCCUCACAACAUGCUAAUCGCUUUAUGCAUAACACCUCAUUUAGAUCUCAUGACACCUCUGGAAGGAAGGUAUCAUCAUUCCUAUUUUACAGGUGAAGAAACUGAAGCUCAGAGACGAUAUGUAACUUGCCCAGGGUCACACAGCUAGUAAGUACCCAGUCUGAUGGCCUGAUCUCUUCUCCCAUGACCUUUCCCACCAUCCCACCUUAGCCACUCACUCCUUAGAAACACCCUGGGAAUCUUUUUUUUUUUUUUUAAUUUAUUUAAUUUAUUAUUUUUGGCUGUGUUGGGUCUUCGUUGCUGCCCACGGGCUUUCUCCAGUGGCGGUGAGCGGGGGCUACUCUUCGUUGCCGUGCUCAGGCUUCUCAUUUCAGUGGCUUCUCUUGUUGCGGAGCACGGGCUCCAGAGCGCAGGCUCAGUAGUUGUGGCACAUGGGCUCAGUAGUUGUGGCUCGCAGGCUUAGUUGCUCCGCGGCAUGUGGGAUCUUCCCGGACCAGGGCUCGAACCCGUGUCCCCUGCAUUGGCAGGCGGAUUCUUAACCACUGCGCCACCAGGGAAGCCCCACCCCGCGAAUCUUAUCCAUAAAUACCCCAGCUCCAGAAUCACGAAUUCAUGCACCCUGCUCUCUGAAAACAACUUCCUACCCUCUCAGUGCCUCUUUCAGUUCCUUGUACUGUGACUGUUCUUUGGCCUUGCCUGGAAGUCCAGCUAUGGACCUCUUUACUCUCCCAAUACCCCACCCUCUCUUGUCUACACACCCCCUCCUCAUCCAGCUUUGAGUCCAUGGCCUGUCAUUUAGCAGCUCUCUUGCCAGUAACCUAAACUUCAUUGCUUACCUGCCUUGCAAACCUCAGAAUACAGUGGUUAUUUCUCUUUGAGCCUUCGCCAGAGCAGCCAAGGACAGCAGAAGGAGGAGGGGUAAUAAUAACGCUGGCUAAUACUUAUAUAGCAUGUGUUAUGUGCCAAGCACUAAGUGCUUCACAUACUGGAACUCAAUUACCCCUCCACACUAUGGGCUAGGUACUAUUAUUAUCAUCCCCACUGACUGACAAAGAAAAUGGAGAGAAUAGAGGUUAAAAUCACUCAACCAAACUCAAAGCAUACAGCUAAUUAAGUUGAGGAGUCAUGAUCAAACCCAUGCAGUCAGUCUGUCCAGAGUCCGUGUCUUGAUCAGUAUACUAUUUGCCCAGUGCACUGAGGCCACCCUUCCCUCCUUCCAUCAGCCAGGAAGUACUGGGUUCCUGCCACACCGGCCCAGCACUGCUCUUUGUGGGGACAAUCCAAAGGAAGUCCAGAUCCUUCUUCACUGUACUUGGGGGCUGACAAUUUCUAAUAGUAGUAAUAGUAGUAGUAAUAAAAUUAGCUUACGUUUUCAGCUUUUAUUAUGUGUGUCCUAAGUAUUUUACAUGUAUUUAUUUAACCCUCCCAACAACACUAUGAGGUGGAAACUACAAUUUUCCCCCUUUUGCUGGAGCACAUGAGAGGACGUAGUAAUGAGACUACAUUUGUACAACAGAGUGUUGGAAUCAGAUGGGAAGCUUGGUAGCUGAAUGCCAGAGCCCUGGCUCUUAACCGGGACCCUUUCCUACUUUUCUUCCGGCCACAAGACCUCCCAGGCCCAGCUCCUUCUGAGGACGGGGGAGGAGUCUUCUCUGCAUUGCCAGCAGGCCUGGUUCCCAAACCCAGGCCAGACCCUAGCCUUACAGCUCCCAGAGCCCUGCCGAGGUGGUCCCGGGUCCCUCUACUCUGAGGCUUCUGGGUGGUGAGCUGGGAGCUUAAGCAGGGGAGAGGAUGGGAACCCCACUGGUAACUCCCCGGGGCCAGCCCUAGAGGCCUCUACUCUGAAAGGCCCAGGUCUGCCAGCACUUCCCUAUAAAGAUAAAGCCUGAGCUCGUCCUCCCCGGGCCUUACCUGUCCCUUUGCGUGAAGUACCAGCUCAGACUCCCAGUUGGUACCCCGAGGACAGAAGGCAGGGCAGGGCAGGGCAGGGCCUAGGCUGGAGUGGAUGGGGCUUCAGGGCUGCAGCAGAAAGCACCUAGCUUCCUCAUUCCCCUCCUCACACCUAUCAAGCCCCCUCCCCCUAACCCAGGCAGGACCCUACCCCUCCCCACUUCCAAGAGUUAAUGGCGACCUGCCCUGGUUUAUCCAUCCCACCCCUCUCUCCCAUCCUCCCUCUUCCCAUUCCCCUGGCAACCAAACCAGAUUCAUCAAGGAGAAGGACCUGGCAGCUGUUCAGGGAGAAACUAAUAGCCCAGAAGGAAGGAGGGGCCGGGAGAGGAGACAAGGCAAAGGCGGUAGGGAUGUGAGCGUGAGGGCGUUGGCCCAUCUCAGAGGACACACAAAGGCAGGGAGGCCCCUCUGCCCUGCAGUGCUGAGGGGAUGGCCAGCCAGGGAGCCGCCCUCCUCAUCCCCUCAGCCAGAGGUGCAGCCCGGAGUCCCAGACCUGUUUCCCCAGACGCCCAGCUCUUGUCCUCAGGACCAAUCCUACACGGACCCGUCCUUGCUGGAGAGCCCUGGAGUCCCCAGCGGCGGCAGCCCCUUAGCUCCUGGCAAGCCCAACAGGCCUCAGCACCUCGACUCCUGCAGACCAUCCAAGCUGCCUCUGUCCACUCCUGGGCAGCCUGUGCCUGCUUUCUGGAAGCUGUUUGACAUGCAAAGGCCAGACAUCAGCCUCCCUGCUAACUCGGGUGGGGGAGGGUAUGAAGGGCCCUGUGGUUGGGUGUGUCUAAUGUGUGUGCACAUAGGUGCACGGUGCUAUUACGCAUAUGUAUCUGUGUGUGUGCACAGGCUUGUGGCUCUGUUCUGGGCCUUUUUCUCCUCUUUCAGUCCCUGAGCCGAUGGGGAUGGGCACUUUCUCUUUCCCCUUCUCUUCCCAUCCAUCCCGGCCUAUCGCUGGGUACCUGCAGCUCCUCAGUACUGGAAACCGGUUCCUGCCAGUGUGUCUAUCUCUCAGCCUUGGCAGCAGCUGCUACCCUUCAGCCCCCUCCCCUUCCUACUUCAGGAAUCGCCCCGGUUCCUGUAAGGCUGUGACUGAGCAGCGGUGGGUUGGGGGAAGGGAGAAUCCAGUAAAGCCAGACAGCACACGCUAGCUCACUCAGUUCAGCCUCUGGCAUGGCACAGACCCUCCCAAGUGGGACCCAGAGCUGGGCCUAGUCACCCUCAGCCCCCUCUGAUGUGCCCACCUUGUUGGGACCUGGGGUAGAUUUGGGAUCUGUGUCUUUAAGGCUGAGACAUCAGCAGGCAACCUCCUGGCCAAGUGUCCAGGGGAGGGGGAGGGGAAGAAGCAAGUCCAUUAGCAGCAGAGCUGGCGCCAGGCAGCAACCCUUCACAGAGCCUUGGGGAUUACAGGGAGAGCAGCCCUUCCUCACCCAUCUCAGCUGCCUCUGCACUCCUGUCCCCCAGGAGUUAGUGGAGACCCGCCCUGGUUUAUCCAUCCCACCCCUCUCUCCCAUCCUCCCUCUUCCCAUUCCCCUGGCAACCAAACCAGAUUCAUCAAGGAGAAGGACCUGGAGAUCCCCCAGAUCUCCCUGGGUGUGGUGACAGAGGGGGCAGCUGACAGCAUUUGAAAGCAGAGCCUAGCCUUCAGGGGCCAUGUGGAGGCCCAGCCUCUGGGGCCUAAGCCAGGCCAAUUCUCCCUGCACCUGGGCUACAUCCUCCCUGCCCAUGUGCCAGAAGCCUGCCCUUUAACAUCCAAUCCACCUAGCCCCCAGUUUUUACCAGUUCUUUCAGGCAGGGACCCCAGUUCCAGUGAGGCCCUCCCACCCUAGGCUCCAGCUCCGGAUAUUUGCUGGAAGGCACUGACCCCCCCCAACACCCGAACCCCCCCUCCCGCCUGCCUGUGGCCUGUGGUAGCCAUCCCUGUUUCCUUCCCCACCAGCAACUGGGGGAAUCAAGUAGGCAGGACGCCGGCAACCAGGGAGGGAGGGUGCGGCGCUCCUGCUGCUCCGCAGGGGUGGGGCGUCCCCCUCCCCACAUAGCCCCACCGUCAGGCCAGUGGGAGGAGCAGCCCAUGCCCCCCCUGAGCCCGCAGGGCUAUAAAGCCACCUCGCAGCGGUUUGCGGCUCCUUCCCAGCGCCCGGACAAGCUCUGCCAGCGGUGACUACCCAUCUUCGGCCGCCAUGAGCCACCCGUCGGGCCUCCGGUCCAGCGUCAGUUCCACCUACUACCGCCGCACCUUCGGGCCACCGCCCUCGCUGUCCCCGGGGGCCUUCUCCUACUCUGCCAGCUCCCGCUUCUCAAGCAGCCGCCUGCUGGGCUCGGCGUCCCCCGGCUCCUCCGUGCGCCUGGGCAGCUUCCGCAGUCCCCGGGCGGCCGCGGGCGCCCUCCUGCGCCUGCCCUCGGAGCGCCUCGACUUCUCCAUGGCCGAGGCCCUCAACCAGGAGUUCCUGGCCACGCGCAGCAACGAGAAGCAGGAGCUGCAGGAGCUGAACGACCGCUUCGCUAACUUCAUCGAGAAGGUGCGCUUCCUGGAGCAGCAGAACGCGGCCUUGCGCGGGGAGCUGAGCCAGGCCCGGGGCCAGGAGCCGGCGCGCGCCGACCAGCUGUGCCAGCAGGAGCUGCGCGAGCUGCGGAGGGAGCUAGAGCUGCUGGGCCGCGAGCGCGACCGGGUGCAGGUGGAGCGCGACGGGCUGGUGGAGGACCUGGCGGCGCUCAAGCAGAGGCUGGAGGAGGAGACUCGCAAGCGCGAGGAUGCGGAGCACAGCCUCGUGCUUUUCCGUAAGGACGUGGACGACGCCACCCUGUCCCGCCUGGAGCUAGAGCGCAAGAUUGAGUCUCUGAUGGAUGAGAUUGAGUUCCUCAAGAAGCUGCACGAGGAGGAGCUGAGAGACCUGCAGAUGAGCGUGGAGAGCCAGCAGGUGCAGCAGGUCGAGAUGGAGGCGACCGUGAAGCCCGAGCUGACGGCGGCGCUGAGGGACAUCCGUGCCCAGUACGAGAGCAUCGCGGCGAAGAACCUGCAGGAAGCAGAAGAGUGGUACAAGUCCAAGUACGCGGACCUGUCCGACGCCGCCAACCGGAACCACGAGGCCCUGCGCCAGGCCAAGCAGGAGAUGAACGAGUCGCGACGCCAGAUCCAGAGCCUGACGUGCGAGGUGGACGGGCUUCGCGGCACGAACGAGGCGCUGCUCAGACAGCUGCGGGAGCUGGAGGAGCAGUUUGCCCUGGAAGCCGGCGGGUACCAGGCGGGCACCGCACGGCUCGAGGAGGAGCUGCGGCAGCUAAAGGAGGAGAUGGCGCGACACCUGCGAGAGUACCAGGAGCUCCUCAACGUCAAGAUGGCCCUGGACAUCGAGAUCGCUACCUACCGGAAGCUACUUGAGGGCGAGGAGAGCCGGAUCUCCGUGCCAGUCCAUUCCUUUGCAUCCUUAAGUAUAAAGACGACUGUGCCUGAGGUGGAGCCUCCCCAGGAGAGCCACAGCCGGAAGAUGGUUCUGAUCAAGACCAUUGAGACCCGGGAUGGGGAGCAGGUGGUGACAGAGUCUCACAAGGAGCAGCAUAGUGAGCUGGACAAGUCUUCUACUCACAGCUACUGAACUUGCUGGUCCAGAGCUCCCUGGCCCUGCCCUAGGCCUCGAAGCCCCAAUCCAAACACCAGUCCCGAAUUAGUCUCCUCCCCCUCUGCAUGUGUCCACCAGAUGGCUCCAGUCUCCCCUUCCCUGGCCGUGGCCAAACCCUACCCAGCACCACAGCUGGGCCUCUCCACGCCCACAGAGACAUGAUCCAUAUGUUUCUCAUUUCUUAUCUUGGUAAGAGUCUAUACGUUCCCCCAUUUCUCGUCCCGGUAAGAGUCUAUACGUUCCCCCAUUUCUCGUCCUGGUAAGAGGCCGACCAUCCCCAGGAUGAGUCUACUCCUGCCACGACCCCAAGAUUAGUGGGCGGGUCAGGGUCUGAGUUUCACUUUUAAAUCAAAUAAAACUGCUAUCAAGGGAACCCUC